GCUUGGUCCCUCCCCUCUUUCUCCUGUAGGCCCUGGAGUGCAGGGAGGCUGGGGCGGUGCGUUCUGGAAGCUUCGCGGCGGGGAUCGUUAGUGCGGGCGGGCCAGGCUGAUCCGUCUCCAUCCAGAGCUUAGCAGCAGCGGGGCGCGGAGGAGUCGCCAUGCCGGAGAACGCGGGAUCCAGAGCUUUCACGGGCGGCAACGGGGGCCGCAAAAGAAGCGCCUACCAGGACCGGGACAAGCCCGCGCAGAUCCGCUUCAGCAACAUCUCUGCCGGCAAAGCGGUUGCUGAUGCUAUUAGAACAAGCCUUGGACCAAAAGGAAUGGAUAAAAUGAUUCAAGAUGGUAAAGGAGAUGUGACAAUUACAAAUGACGGUGCAACUAUUCUGAAACAAAUGCAGGUUCUACAUCCUGCAGCCAAAAUGUUAGUAGAGCUGUCCAAGGCACAAGAUAUUGAGGCUGGUGAUGGCACCACAUCUGUCGUUGUCAUUGCUGGUGCUCUCUUGGAUGCCUGUUCCAGACUUCUUCAGAAGGGAAUCCAUCCCACCAUCAUUUCGGAGUCAUUCCAGAAAGCUUUGGAUAAGAGUAUUGAAGUCUUGACCGACAUGGGACAGCCAGUUGAACUAAGCGACAGAGAAACCUUGCUAAAUAGUGCAACUACUUCACUGAAUUCAAAGGUUGUAUCUCAGUAUUCUAGUCUCCUUUCUCCAAUGAGUGUGGAUGCAGUGAUGAAGGUGAUUGAUCCAACUACAGCUAGCAGUGUAGAUCUUAGAGACAUUAAAAUUGUUAAAAAGCUUGGUGGAACAAUUGAUGAUUGUGAACUGGUUGAAGGACUAGUCCUCACUCAGAAGCUGGCAAAUACUGGUGUAACUAGAGUGGAAAAAGCCAAGAUUGGACUCAUUCAGUUUUGCUUGUCUGCUCCAAAGACUGAUAUGGACAACCAGAUUAUUGUUUCUGACUAUGCUCAAAUGGACAGAGUAUUGCGUGAAGAGAGAGCCUACAUUCUAAACUUAGUUAAACAAAUUAAAAAGGCUGGAUGCAAUGUGCUGCUCAUUCAGAAGUCUAUUCUACGGGAUGCUCUUAGUGAUCUAGCGCUACAUUUCUUGAACAAAAUGAAGAUCAUGGUGGUUAAAGAUAUCGAAAGAGAAGACAUUGAAUUUAUAUGUAAGACAAUUGGAACCAAGCCAGUUGCUCACAUUGAUCAGUUCACUGCUGAUACAUUGGGAUCUGCUGAAUUGGCAGAGGAAGUCAACCUAAAUGGUUCUGGGAAGCUAAUAAAGAUUACAGGCUGUGCAAGCCCUGGAAAAACUGUUACAAUUGUGGUACGUGGAUCCAACAAACUAGUAAUGGAAGAAGCUGAGCGUUCCAUUCAUGAUGCUCUGUGUGUCAUACGUUGUUUAGUUAAAAAAAGAGCUCUAAUUGCGGGAGGUGGAGCACCAGAGAUCGAAUUAGCACUGCGCUUGAAUGAGUAUGCUCGCACUUUGAGUGGUAUGGACUCUUACUGUGUCCGUGCAUAUGGAGAUGCAAUGGAAGUCAUCCCAUCUACACUGGCUGAAAAUGCAGGCCUUAACCCUAUUUCUACUGUAACAGAGCUGAGAAACAGACAUGCACAAGGAGAGAAAACAGCAGGCAUUAAUAUCAGAAAGGGUGGAAUUUCCAAUAUCCUGGAGGAGUUAGUGGUCCAGCCUCUGUUGGUGUCUCUCAGUGCUCUGACACUAGCUACAGAAACUGUCCGUAGUAUUCUUAAGAUUGAUGAUGUGGUGAACACUCGAUAAGGUGACUAAAGGAAAUGACAGUACAGGCGAGAGUACCACAGCAUAGUUUGGAGUAAGUGAUUCUGUGAAGAAACCAAUGUCAAGCAUUCUGCUAAAACCCACUUAAGUUUAUGUACUUUUAUCAACUUAAUUUAAUAAAAUCUCUGGUUUCAAGAGGCAAA